AUGGAUGUGUAUAUCGAUGACAUGUUAGUCAAGUCUUUGAAUGCAGAUGAUCAUUUGAAACACCUCCAAGAAACCUUCGACAUCUUGAGGAAGCAUAACGUGAAGCUCAGCCUAGAGAAAUGUGCAUUCAGGGUUGGCUCUGAUAAGUUAUUGGCGUUCCUGGUCUCACAGAGAGGGAUCGAAGUAAAUCCCGAUAAAAUAAAAGCCAUCAAAGACAUCCCGGGACAACUAACUAGUGUAAAAGACGUACAGAGGCUAACCGAAAGAUUUGCCGCUGUAAGAAGUGGUCUCAAAAGUAGCAGUACGGUCUCAGAAGUAGCGGUGAGUGCCAUCUUAGUCCGAGAGGAUGAAGGAGCGGAGACUCACUAUCCGCACCUUGAAAAGCUGGCCUUAGCUCUAGUAGUCGCCUCCCGAAAGCUUAAGCCUAAUUUGCAGUGUUACCCGAUAGUCGUUGUGACAAACUUCCCCUUGAGGAAUGUUCUUCACAAUCCUGAGUUGUCAGGACGGUUGGCUAAAUGGGCAAUCGAAAUCAGUGAGUUUGAUAUUGAAUACAAGCCUAGGACUGCGAUGAAAUCACAAGUUUUGGCCAACUUUGUGGCCGAUUUCAGUCCCAGGGUCCGAGCUCGGGGUGGUUUUAAUCACGCCCUUGGAGGAAAUCCUGAGUCAGGCCUUAAGAUGGUUCCAUUAACUAACAAUGAAGCCGAGUAUGAGGCUUUGGUUAAAGGACUCGAACUGGCCCGGGGACUUGGCUCCGAGGUCAUAGAGAUCAAAUGUGAUUCACAGCUAGUAGUAAACCAAGUGGAGUGGUCAAUCACACACAUUCCAAGAGAAGAGAACGUGGAAGCAAAUGCAUUGGCUAAUUUGAGGAAUGAGUUCAUCGAAUAUCUUCGGCAUGGCAAAUUGCCUGAAGACCCGAAGGUGUCCCGUGCAUUACGCACCAAGGCAGCUCAUUACUGCCUCAUGGAUGGGCAAUUAUAUAAGAGAUCGUACCAAGGCCAAUUGGCCAGAUGUUUAGGAGCCUCGGAGGCGGACUACGUGAUGGGAGAGAUCCAUGAAGAAACUUGUGGGAACCAGCCCAAUGCAGAUUUGUUGGUACUAAAGCUAGUUAAGGAAGGUACUAUUGGUCCCGAAUGGAACAACACGCAAAGACGUUCGUUCAGAAAUAUGAUAGAUGCCAGCUCUAUGCAAAGUUGGAGACUUGGUUUUGAGGAAGGUGACUCAGAGCACUCAGGAAGCCAACACUGGGAAGCUGGGUCCGACGUGAGAAGGUCCCUACCGGUUUCAGCUAUCACCGAUAAAGGAUCGUACGAGUUGGAAUAUCAAGAUGGGGUCAAAUUGCCCAGCCAUUGGAACGUGACUCAUCUGAAAAGUUUUAAUCUUAAUCGGGUAUUUCUAGCAAGAUUUUUAACUAGGCAGUUGUGGAAAGCAUACUACAAAAAGAUCGCCAUCGGAAAGGAUAAGUCCUUUAAAUAA